GGUUCUCAGAAUUUACAGAAAGCAACUGUAUCUGAAUACUGUUAUAGGUAACUUUCAGAAAAAUGAGGACUUGGAUCCUUCUCGCCUGUCUUUUGGGUGCAGCAUUUGCUAUUCCACUGCCGCCUCACCCUGGACAUCCUGGUUACAUUAACUUCAGCUAUGAGGUGCUCACCCCUUUGAAAUGGUACCAAAGCAUGAUGCGACAGCAGUAUCCCUCCUAUGGUUAUGAACCCAUGGGUGGAUGGCUGCACCACCAAAUCAUCCCAGUGCUGUCUCAGCAGCACACCCCAAGUCAUUCCUUAUCGCCUCAACACCAAAUCCCCAUCAUGGCCGCCCAGCAGCCAGUGCCACCCCAGCAACCAGUGAUGCCAGUGCCAGGACAGCACCCCAUGGCACCAACACAACACCAUCAACCCAACCUCCCGCAGCCAGCCCAACAGCCAUACCAGCCCCAGCCUGCCCAGCAACCACAGCCUCACCAGCCCAUCCAGCCAGUCCAGCCCAUCCAGCCCAUCCAGCCCCAGGCCCCAGUCCACGCAGUGCUACCCUUGCCACCACAGCCACCUCUGCCUCCAAUGUUCCCCAUGCAGCCACUGCCCCCCAUGCUGCCGGAUAUGCCCAUGGAAGCUUGGCCAGCCACUGACAAGACCAAGAGGGAGGAAGUGUCUGUGAAGAAGAACCAGGAAAUGGAUCUUCUAAAGCAUGGAUAUGAGGUUGGCUCAGAACCAGGAAAUCUGUCUUGA